AUGAGCCUGACUUUUGUCGUUUUAGAAGAUAAACAGACAGCAGUCCGGGCUGCUGUGGUCACCCCGGACAGCAGCCCGGAGCAGCAGCAGGGCUCGCUGGACCCCAGUAGGCGGCACCGGACGGCCUUCACACGGAAUCAGGUGUCCCGACUGGAGCAGGAGUACCGCAAUGAGAGUUAUGUGUCCCGGGCUCGGCGGUGCGAACUGGCUGCAGCACUCAACCUUCCAGAAACUACGAUAAAGGUGUGGUUCCAGAACAGGCGUAUGAAGGACAAACGUCAGAGGCACUCCCUACCUUGGUCUCACCCACUCAUCAACCCACUGGGCACAUUGCUGAUGGGUCAUGCUUCUCCAUCUUCUAACCUGAUUUACCCGUUUUCUACAUCCCAACUACCCCACCUACCUUUUCAGCACUAUUCUCCACUGACUUUUUCUGGUAUGAUACAUGGUCCACACAGUGCACUAAUGAAGCAGCAAGAGCGUUUCUCCCUCUCCCAACAACACAACAAACCAGGGGAGGGGCCUCCACCAACAGUACUUGUUUAUCCCUCUCCUGGCGUUAUGCACCAUCAUGUCUCAUGUCAUUGCUCCUUUUGCCCUCAGUGGAGACAACAUCUUCAUAAGGUCCAGUGGGAAAUGAAAGGACUGAGCCAUGCCAACACCUCUGCAGCCAAAAAACAGACUGGUUCUCUGCAGCAGAGGGAAGAAAAGGUGUGAAUGCAUCUAAGAAAAACUACAACUGCAAUAACCGAAAGAGAAGAAGCAAGGCAGAAGAAGUGUUGACAUCAGAAUCUAAAACAAUCACAGUUAAAACCAGAUACUUAAUAACAUUUUAUUUAAAGACAUUUGUUUUUUCCCCUCAAUUUUUGACAUCUUGUUUAUGGUAGUUAUGAUUACCAUUUUGUUUAUAUUUGUUAGAUGACAGAAUAAUGAUUGAUUUUUUUUUAAAUAAUUGUACCUUUCUUCAGAUUCAGAAGGUUACUAAGAUUGUUCUUUUUACAUUUCCUCUUCUCCUCUUUUUACUUUUCCUUAUGGAGGCAGAGGAAUGUGGUGUCUUAGGGGUUCAACUUCUGCCUAUUGGUUAUUUAGCAUUACGCACGACUGACUUCAGCAAAGAUGGCAUUGACUGCCAUCUUUGCUAAGCUUCAGUGAGCUGAAGUUUAGCAACUUCAUUAGAGUUGCUUCAAGCAGAAGCCAAUUUCAGCAGAUGUUUCAUCCAAACUAUGAAAGCAUUAUUUCUAUGUAUUACAUAUAUUUAUAUAUUAUAGCAUUAUUUUCUAAUACAUUUGCUAAGCUCCAGCUCACUGAUAAGCUGGUCGCCGUCUUUGUUGAUGGCUUCAGCAUCUUUGAAGCCAUCAGAAUUGCUAGUGGCUUUAGCAAUGCUGAAGCCAUAAUUAGAAUUGCUGCUAAUCACUCAACAUGUUGGUCUAUUGGUUGCUAACCAACCAAUGGGCAAAAGAUGAAGCCUUAAAACACCGCCCUCCUCAUUUCCAUAAUGAGGCAGAAAUGCGUAAACAAAAGUAAAAAAAAAAAAGAAAGGAGACAAGGAAAUAUAAAAAGAACAAACACUUGUGUGAGGAACAGACAAAGCAAAAAUAUUUAUAUCUCUUCGUUUAUUUUUAAUUAUGCCAGUUUUAGUCCCCCAUAAUUAUUCAUGGUUUCCCAAUAUUACUAAAAGGCUGUUAUUUUCCUACUAGCACUGUUGAUUUACUCCUCUGUUUCUUGUCGCUGCACUGCAGACAUGCCAGUCUGUCUCCUCCAUUUAUGGCUCCACAUGAUUAAAGCACAUUAUUAUCAUAGCUGUUCUGUGUCCUGCCAUGCUAAGCUCUGUUCAGAUGUGUAUACCUGUAUUUAACCUCACUGUGUAUUGUCUGGCAUGAUUACACAGAGCACAUGUAGAGCAGCUCCUGGUUUAACCAAGCAUAGCAAUGGCUGGUGUUGCGAACACCUGUGCAGGUGGAUUAAAUCAGUGUAUGGUAUUUAUGGUGGAAUAUUCUGUUGGCCUCUAAUCAGCAGAAAAGAGAGGACUCAGCUGGUUUCUUUUAUAAUUCUCAUCCAGUCCAAGAGUUAUCUCAGAAAAAGUUCAGAAUAUAAUUUAAGCUACUUCUCAGAUUUAAAAUUAGACACAAUCACAUCUAGAUCUCCGAUUCUGACUCCGUAACAUGGCACCUGGUUAUGGGUUCUGUAAUGGAUGCAUGCUGUUUUAGAAGAACCCAUAAGUAUGAUGAGGCAAGAUCAUUAAGACUCUUAAAAGCCAGUUGUAAAAUCAAUCCUUUAACAUACAGGAACCCAGUAGAGUGAAGCCAGAAUUGAACAGGUUCCCAUUUUUUAUUUCUUGUUAACAGCAGCAUUUUGUACAAGCUAUUAGCAAUGAAGAGAUGUCUGAUAUAACCCCCCAUAAAUCAAAUUGCAAUAAUCUAGGCAAGUUAAUAAAACCAGAGAUCAAUCUUUUAAUAUCCUUAGGAAGAAAAUCAGGCUUUACUUUGGCCAGAAUUCAUAUCUAAAAAUAUUUUGUCUUCAAUUAAAUUAUUUUCAACUCAGUUUUCAAUUCAGUUCAUUUCUAUAUCACCAAUUCACAACUUAUGCCAUCUGGCUAUUGCCUUCUUGUGCUGUUCUGCUUGAUUAAAAUCUCACUUUCUCCCAUUUACAAGGAUUGCCUCUAGUUCAAUGUCGCCCGUACCACUCAGGAAACAAGAGCGAAAGUUGUGAACAAAUUAGAAUUGUAGUCUACCUGUAAUUUUAUAAAUAGCAACAGAGAAAGUGAACAAAGCUAUUCAGUUCCAAAUUAGAUAGAGUGCAUUCACACCUGACUGUUAAACUUGAUCAAAAUUAAAAAGUGAACUCUUGUUCACCUAAAAAUCUAGGUCUCGGUUCGGUUGAAGUGAACUCUGGUGCUGUUUGAAUGCAGUGUUUGAAUGCAGUUCGCUUGCAUUCGCAAGCGAACUGAAGACUGCUUUGAAAACAGGAAGCUAACUAUAGUGCUGGGCAUUCUGGUCAAUAUAUUACUCUAUCCUUAGGGAGUUAGCGAAGAUAUUGUGUUGGUUGCCAUGGAAAUGGGUCUGUGUGUAGAAUAAAGCUGACACAGAGAGCGAGGAAAAUCAGAAUUUAAAGUUGCUUACACCAGCUUAUCAGAGUUAUUUUCUCUUUCCUGUGGCACACUGCA